UUUGCUUCUCUUCGCCCUGUCUCUGUCAGACUGUCAGUGAUAGUAGUAGUUAUUGUAGAGAUAGUGAAUUAUCAUUUACAGUUUUUGAAAAAUGGCCAAUAAUCUGUGUAUUUCUUAAUCAAAAGUGUAGCAAGUAUUUUAUUCUGUGAAAGCAACACAAUGCUUUAAGUGAAGUGCAGUGAAAAGUAAUAUGCAUUCAAUUGUUUGGACGGGUAGGAUUUUGUCACGUGCUUUAUGGAAUAGCAUAACAAAUUAUUCAAAUUGUGCAGAUCCUAAAUUAAGACCAAAACGUGAACCUCACAUAUUUUCUGCAGUGAGUGGGUUCCCUAAAGAUAUUAGACAUGCAAGGCCUAGAAAAGGACAAUUUGGAGACGAUGCGUGGUUUUUCACCAAGUGCAAAUCAGCAGACGUAUUUGGAGUAGCAGAUGGAGUUGGAGGCUGGAGGCGCUACGGCAUCGACCCGGGCGAGUUCUCCUCCUUCCUGAUGCGGACGUGUGACCGGCUGGUGACGACGGGACGUUUCUGCAAUACCGAACCUGCUAGCCUGCUCGCCCGCAGUUACUACGAGCUGUUGGAGAACAAGCAGCCCAUCCUAGGGAGCAGCACGGCCUGUGUGAUGGUGCUGAACCGAGCCACAAGCAUGAUCUACACUGCAAACAUCGGUGACAGUGGAUUCGUGAUCGUGAGACACGGCGAGGUGGUGCACCGCAGCGAGGAGCAGCAGCACUACUUCAACACUCCGUUCCAGCUCAGUCUACCGCCUCCCGGACACACGGGCUCCGUACUGUCUGACAGGCCAGAAGCUGCCGACACAUCCAACUUCCCCGUGGAAGACGGAGAUGUGAUCCUGGUGGCCACGGAUGGAGUGUUUGACAACGUCCCCGACCAGCUGCUAGUCAACGAGCUGUGUCGUCUUCAGGGCGAGAGGGACCCAGUCAAGAUACAAAAGGUGGCCAAUUCCAUAGCAUGGAUGGCCCGAAACCUAGCUUUCGACGAUAAGUUCCUCUCCCCCUUCGCCAAGUCUGCGAUGGAAAAUGGGAUCCAUACAAUAGGUGGAAAACCAGAUGACAUCACAGUGUUGCUGGCGACUGUGGUCGGCUGAGCCGUCGUCCUCAUAGUUCAUUGUAUUAUAGUUCACCGUUCACCACAUUCAUUUGUAUAAAUUAAUUCUUUUUAUACAUAAUAAUUUCAUGAUUGUCGCAGAGACAUUAAAUCUCAGUCAGGGUUAAGAAUAAGCAGCGUCGCAUGAGGAAACCUGGAAUUGCUCGUGACGCGGAAAUGUGACGACAUCGGUUAGCGCGUGUCGUUUUUAUUUUUUUAUCACCUUUAUUUAUUGCUGUAUUGCCAGCCAUUUCGUUCUUUCUGUGUUUCACUUUCAUGUUAAUGUUGCUCCUUUUUAGAAAAGAAGUUGAUUAUUAAUUUGUAGCGAAUCGAACGUAGGUCGAUCUAAAUGGUUGAUUGCUAAAAUGUGAUAGCAUGUGAUUUCUUUUGUUUACUGUUAGGUGUAUCCGACUCGUGACAGAAUCAAAGUAACAUUUACAAUUUUGUAAAGAGCAUUUGUGAAAUGAACUGAAGUAGUAUUGAGUUAGCAGUCGGUGCUGAUACUAGUCACCGGACGUAAAUAAAUGAUUCCAUUACAA